AUGGCUUGUGAUUCAUUUAUUUGGGGAUUAAUAAUGUUUGGAUGCAGCAUGCAAGCAUUGUUAGUUGCAUCUGAAGAUGAUCCUUCAGAAUAUAUGAGUAAAGAAGAACGAGAAGCAUUAAAGGAAGAAGCCAGGGAUAUGUUUUGUCAUGCAUAUAAUGCUUAUAUGGAUAAUGCAUAUCCUGCUGAUGAAUUAAUGCCAUUAAGUUGCAAAGGGAGAUACAGAGAAUCAGAACCAAAUAGAGGUGACAUAGAUUCUACAUUGGGAAAGUAAGAACAAGAAUUUAUUACAUAUUCAAAGCAAAACAUAAACUUAAAUAUGAUAAACUGGUUUUUUUUGUAAAUUUUAUUCCAAAUAAAAAUGAUUAAUAUGUUUCAAAUUCAAAACAUUCUAUAUCAAUGUCUUUUAAGUGGUCAUAUACUAGCUGAAUAUUUGCAACAAAGAGCUGAUAUAAUGCCAUGGUAUAGGGGUGAACUUCUAAAUUUAGCCAAAGAUUUAGGAUACAGAUUUUUACCUGCAUUUAAUACAACUACAGGAAUACCAUAUGGCAGAAUAAAUCUGAAAUAUGGAAUGAAAGGUGUACCUUUAGAAGUAUCAAAAGAAACAUGUACUGCCUGUGCAGGUAGUAUGAUUUUAGAAAUGGCAGCAUUGUCAAGAUUAACAGGAGAACCAAUUUUUGAGGAAAAAGCACAAAAAGCAAUGGAUGUUUUAUGGAGAAUGCGCCAUCGUGGUACUGAUUUAAUGGGGUCUGUGCUAAAUGUACAUUCUGGUGAUUGGGUAAGAAGAGAUUCUGGUGUAGGAGCAGGUAUAGACUCUUACUAUGAGUAUUGUUUGAAAGCCUACAUUUUAUUAGGUGAUGAGAAAUAUCUUGGGCGGUUUAAUAAACAUUAUCAGGCCGUUAUGAAGUAUGUAAGCCAAGGACCAAUGUUGUUGGAUGUACACAUGCAUAGACCAAAUACAAAUUCCAAAAAUUUUAUGGAUGCUUUAUUGGCAUUUUGGCCUGGCUUACAGGUAUUAAAAGGCGAUAUUAAACCUGCUGUAGAAACGCAUGAAAUGCUGUAUCAAGUUAUGCAAAGACAUAAUUUUAUACCAGAAGCAUUUACUACUGAUUUUCAGGUACACUGGGGACAUCAUCCAUUAAGACCAGAAUUUCUAGAAUCAACGUACUUCCUAUAUCGUGCUACUGGUGAUCAUUAUUAUUUAGAAGUUGGACGUAAGGUACUCAAAAGUCUGCAAACUUAUGCUAGAGUACCGUGUGGUUAUGCAGCUGUAUCAGAUGUUAGAACUAAUGAGCAUGAUGAUACAAUGGAUAGCUUUGUAUUAUCGGAAACUUUCAAAUACUUAUUUCUGUUAUUCGCGGAGCCAAGCGAACUACUUUUAGAUUUGGAUGAAUUUAUUUUUACAACCGAAGGACAUUUAUUGCCAUUAACACUUGCUUCAAUAAGAACUAAUGUUUCUUCUCAAGAUUUUGAGCGAGAUAUUGUACAUGUGGACGAAAUGGAUCGCACUUGUCCUAACAGCUUACACUUAUUUCCUGCAUCAGUUAGACAACCUUUGAGAAAUAUGGUUGAAGAUGUAUAUCCGCGACGUGCAAUAAAAAGAAGAUUAAGUGCAGCACAAUUUCAGGCAAAUAAUUUGGAACAUUUAAAAUUGUUGAGUGAUAUGGGAAUAACAACUUUAACUUUGGCAGACGGACAUGUUCAAUUAUUGCACAAAUUUUCUAAUGCAAAAACAUCGCAGGAUUCAGAGGAAGGUUUAUUAUUUAUGCAAGAAAUGGUGGAAAUUAGUAAAAUGCACUCUCAGCAAACUGAAGCUAAACCACAGGCUGUCACAUUUGUAAAACCAAACACAAAUCCACCUCAGAGAGUUGCAUUUUUAGCUGGACCAGCGCAUUUUGGGUUGGAAUUACAAGGGCUAAACAAAGUAACCGGAAAAGUGGUUUUUACAUUUCCAUCUACCGCAUGUACUGAUCUUCACAAUGCAGAUGUACUCGUAGGCAACAUAGCGAUAAUGGGUCGGGGUAAUUGUAUGUUUAUAGAAAAGGCAAGGCGAAUUCAACAAGCGGGCGCUAUUGCUGGAAUAGUCUUGGAUAAUGUUGAUGGUUCUAGUGCCGCAACUUCACCUAUAUUUGCGAUGUCAGGAGAUGGAAAAGAAGUGGAUGAUGUAUCUAUACCGGUCGUAUUUUUAUUUAGCAUGGAAGCAUUUGAAUUAUUAAAAGCAAUAGCCGCGGCUCAUGGUGAUCUUACAGUUACUAUUGGAAGUUUCUUUUCAAAAGAUGAAGUGCAAUUGAAAGCACCUACAGAUUUAUCAGUGUUUGAACGAUUGAAGGGAUCAUUAAAAUCUCUUGUUAUACCACAAAUGACACCACAGACAUCUCCAAGCAGUGGGACAAAUUUGGAUAUGGUUCCUGAAGUUAGACACGAAGAAGACGAAAAGGACAUAGUCGUUUUUUAUGAUCUGCGUGCUGAAAUUAUCAAAGAUCCACUUGGCGGUGAAGUAAGAAUUACGUUGUUGUACACGUUUGUUUCACUUAGGAAGAAAUCAAAAGUGAACACGUUAAUAGAGAAACAAUGGCGACAGAUGAAAGAAGUGUUUGUCAACGACAUAGAUUCAAAUGUAAAGUUUGAGAUCAGAAGUUUUAUAUUAGAAUAUUAUUAUAAUUGGAUAGUAAAGUCACGGGGUGGGGAUAGUAAUGCAUUAAAUGUAUCUCUACGAGACAAGGUUUCAUGGUUCUUGGAAGAACUGGAUGAAGUUGUAUCUAAUCCGUCCAUUAUGAAAAUGGACCAGUUAAUGGAUUUUAAUAAACAACAAUUGUUAAAACAAUAUUUAUUAACAAAAAUGGAUAUUAUGGUUUUAAAUAUGAAAACGGUCACAACAAUGCUUAAAUCAAUGCAACCAGAGAGUCCAAAUACUGAACAGUUGUUUACAAUUUUCGAACUUAAUAUUGCGCAAGCUGGUUAUUAUAAAAUUUUGAGACAAUUGUUACCAGGUGUUUUUGACAUAGAAGACAAAAUCAUUACCGAGCAUCUUGCCUUAUUAGAUCGUCUUUAUAAAGCGGUGCAGAGGGAAUAUCGUGAAAUAUUAGCUGAUGGAGCACAAGGAAAUUUGGAAAAGUCAGUGCUAGAUAAAAAUUCUUAUUAUGAUAUGGUAAUUGAUUAUUGGCAAAACGAUUUGAAAAAUUUUGAAAAAUUUAUUAAAGAUAUAUUAAAGAAAACUAAAUAUAAAAUUGAAUAUAUAAAAAUUAAAAUUGAAGACUUUACAAAAGAUAUAAAUUCUUUGGCAGAUUUUACCAAAGUUAUAAAUUCAUUAGAAAAUGUACAAUCUAAUGAUGUAGAAUUUCAGGAAACAAUUACUAACAACAAUAGUGCUGAAAAACAGUCACACAAGGAAACCUUAUUAACUGACAAUGACUUUCAGUUAACAGAUGCACAAACGAAUCCUUCAAUUGUAGAAACAAUAAAGAAAGAUGAAAGUGAGGUAAUGUUACAAAAUGUUCAAACAGAAACAGUUGAUUCACAAUAUAAUCAGAAGAUUAAUCUGAAUAUUGAUCAUUCUGUUCAUUCAAAUACAAAUAAUAAAAAUCAAAUGUGGACACCUAAACAAGAAGAAAAUGAAAAUUCUAUUACUGUUCAACAGGAAUUAGAAAUUUCCAAUUCAGAUCACAAUCAUGUAGAUGAAAGUAAACUACAAGAUAGUCAAAAAUAUGUAAAAGUACUUACAAGUAAGAAAGUCGAUUUACAAAAAUACGAAAGCAAACAUAUCGACGAUGAAUUAUAAUGAAAGCCUUCAGUUUUUAAGAUCAAGUAUAAAUAUUAAAAGGAAAUUGAAUAGAUUUCUAAAUGCAACAAGUCUGGCAAUCCUAUUCACACUGCAUUUGAUAUUUUUGCACUAAACUUGAAUGUGUAUGCAGUGAGCUUUAAUGUUUUAUACACAUGAAAUCUUUUAGAAAAGAAUUACUUGUCUAAUAAAAAAGAAGUAUGAAUGACCAGACUAUAUCAGAACAGUACUUAUAGUUAACAAUACUUAUAUACUAAUAGGUAAAUUAUAAGAUCUGUAUAAUACAUAUAAAUAGCCUGUGCAAGACAUAUAUCUUAAUGAGGUUGUGAAGAAAUAUCCUCUUAAGGCUCUAAUGAAUGUAAAUUUUAUAUAUACCACUUAAACAUAGUAUAUUUCUUGUGCACACUACAGUACAA